AAGUGGGAGAGGAAGAAAAUGUUCACAUGCACUAAGAAGCGAAACGGUGUAGGCAAACUGUUUAAAACAUCUUUAGACACUCCUAUAUGUCUCGAUCUCAUUUCUUGGAGCACGGAAUCGUUCACCUUCAUCGAUAGAAAUGUCCAAAAAGCCUCAAAAGACCUAGCUGAGGGUAGUUCAGUUGGCGAGGGAAGCUAUUGGAGAGCGGUAUUUCUUUUAUUCCUCCUAUCGCUUGGUUGGACGUUAUGCUGUGGAUUCAUCUUGCUCAAAAUUCAUCCUCUUCUAUCUUUGUUCAGGUAUAUCGCAAAGCUAGAGCGUUGGAAACACGAGCUAGGUUCAUUGAUCACGUCAGGCGCCUUUGACAGCAACCGCAAUAUUCUCUUCUUGGCACAGUUACUGAAUGGCGAUCAGAAGAAUUUGGAACGUGCUGCUUCGGUUGUGGUUACUGAGUGGUGGCAUUUAAUGCCAUUUUACACUUUUGUGAAAGAUCCUACUGUUGCAUAUAAUGAAUUAGGUCCUCUCGCUCUGGAGUGCCGCGAACUGUUCAAGAAUACGGAAAAUUUUGAAGAUGGAGAAUUUGAUCCUUUUCUUUCCAUUUUGAGCAUGAAAGAUAUAUCAGUGUUACAGAACCUCAUAUCGAAUCCCUGGUUGUCCGUUCAUCUGAUCGACACGUUGUUGCACACAGAUUCAGAAUACGCCGUUUUUGUUUUCAGCUUGUGGGAGGUCGGUGCGGACUACUUGCUGCAUUGUGGGUCAGAGGGUCGACUGCGCCUGGAGAGUCACAUUGAAGCUAUGUAUAUCCAAGACGACGAGAUGGCUGAAAAUCUCAUGCGGAUUUGUGUAGAGCAGGAGCUAGACGACUCUAAAGCAUGCAUUGUAAACACCAUGACCUAUAGGUAUCUACGUGAUGGAGAAUGGAGCGCAGCUCUGUCUUGGGCGUUGCGAGGAGGACGUGGACCUGCUUUGGAUGCUACCGUCAAUAGGAUAGUAUGGCAUGCUGAUAAGAGCGAAAUAGCUUCGUUGAGCAUAUUGGAUCACAUGGCCGACUACGUGGCGGAACUCGGAUCACCAUCUCUUGCAUUCCUGUUUAAUUACUGUCGGUUCCAUAAAUCACUCAGUGCCGGUGAUGUGCGUUCUGAUGCACCAGUGAGUUUCGAGUCAUUUUUGUUUAUUGGCUGUCAUAGCUGGUUUCGUAAUAAUGAAUUUGCUAAAAUCUUUUCUGAAUUCAAAGCGGUAUCUCCUUCAAGAUACGAAAGAACAGAUAGUUCUCUAAACUUUCGAAUCAGUAACGUAAAUGACAGUAAACGCAAGUAA